CGCGGCGUGGAGGGGCAUGGCGGGGCGGAGGCGGGGUGUUGUUGGUAAUCGGUGGCCGGGCACGGGCACUCUCCUCCGCUGUGCCCCAGCUGCGGUCGCAUCGUUUCUCUGUGUGUGUCGUACGUCUGUUAUCGACUCGCCCGUUUCCUACACUGGCUCUAAGGGAACUUCCUGCCUGCUCUUUGAAAGAAGGCUGGAACGACGGCGUAUUGCAUACACGGACGGGAAUCGACUCUUUGACGCAAUCACCGCUACUACGAAACAGGUGUCAGCGCCAUGGGCGACGAAACUUCACGCCAGGAGUAAUUUUGAGGACGUACUGAUCCAUGACUUGGACCGCAUUCGAACCCAGAAACUUGUGAACAGUAGUUCGAUAAUACGCUGA